ACUAGAAAGGUGCUAUUUGGGGUGGGGGGCAAGGGAGGAAGGGAAGAUUGAAGAUAUUUUUUUAAAAAAAGAAAGAUAGAAGUAGCUUUUUUCUUUUAUUAUUAUUUGCUGUUUCGGAAAAUACAAAGUUUUGUCCAGUGCAAUAUUUCUUUUAUCCUGAAAUAAUUAUUUACUAUAGUAUUAUUGUAGGAUAUCUGGAAAAAGUUUUUGACUUUCCUGAUAUAGUGGUAGCUUAUGCUUGGCCUCCUUAGAUGCUUGUGCUACAUUAGUCUACGUAGUACGGGUACUUCUUUUAGGUCACGUAUCCGUACCCAUAUCCGUGCCCGAUAAUGAUACGUAUCCUCUAUGGGUACGCGUACCCAUUCCUAAACUUUCAAAAUCUUGUCGUUUUCCAUACCCGUUGCCGUAUCCGUCUCUGUGCAACCUAGAUAUUAGUUACAGGGAAAAUGGGAAUGGUCUGACUACUGAAAGGGUUUAGGGUAAAAUUUUGUCAUGUCUGUAAUUAUAUGGGGUUGCGGUAAUAUGUUGAUAUCUAGCUGACUACGGUUGCAGGAAUGCACGGUGGUCUGAUUUUGUGCCAGAUUUUCGAUGAUGGACAAAGUUAUUUACUGUUACUAACAAAUGUUUAACUUCAGCAUAGUAGCUUCAGAAACUUUGAGUAUGGUUUAUUUUAUAAGGUAAAGUUGCAUGUGGAGUAUAUUAUAGGAUAUUAUGCUGAUAUUACGGCAUGCAGCGUGUUUUUUUUUUCUAGUGAGAAGCAGCAACAACAUGGAUACAUGAUGUGCGGCAUGCAGCAACUAUUUUGGCAAUUAUCUUUGCUUGUUUGUUAGUUGGAUUAGAUUUUUAUACUUUAGUUGGAAAUGUUUGUUGUCAUCUACUUAUAUGAUUAUGUAUAGUCUCUGUAUAGGAUACUUCAAACCAAAUUAGGCUUUAAGUUGCUGUUGAUUUAUUAUGGCAGCACAAGACCAACAAUAAAAGGCUAUAUGCAACCGAGUUCAUGCAAUGUUUAUUACUUAAAAGACAAUAGACGAUUGAUUUUUAUCAAAAGGAAAUAAGAGUCAUUUCAUGCAUUUAGAGUAGACAAUUAAGGUGAACGGAUUGUAUUUAUAUUUGGAUCCAUUUGUGAUUUCUAAUUAUUUGGAAACUUCUUCAGGAGUAAGUAGAUAAGUAGGUAACAUGGACCAAUGAGGGUUGAGUUCGGGUUGAUUUGUUUUGUGGAGUGUCAAGUUUCUCUUAGUAAUCUUGUUUUAGGUUCAGUUGAGAUCUUAUAACUUGACCCUUACCCAAUCUAAGGAUACCAAGAGAAACCUGAACCGAUCCUGGACAGCUUAUCCAACCCAAUUUGACAUAUUUAUCAUAUAAGAUAUAUGUUUUGUGAAUUUUGAGCACAAACCCGAAUUCGGCUGGAAAUGCAACCCGAACCCUACCCAUUGAUUCGAAUUGCAAGCUUUAGGUUCAAGCUAUAUGGCCAUGUUGGGUGACAAUUAGCUCUACUUGCAUCACAUCUAUCUAAAAUGUUCUGCACCAAUAAGAUGGCUUCUUUUGGCAGCUAAACUUUCACCCAACUCAAAAUCAUUUUUUUUUAUAAGAGAGGAGCAUAUCGAAAUUGACAUGAGAUGUGAUUUCAUGUCCUUUUCUUUUUCGGAAGGUUGGGUUAGGGAGAAUAAUUUUUCUUGUUGCUGCAUUGGACACAGAACUCAGAAGGGUAGUAGUUGUCAAUAUGAACCAACUAAUCAAGUUGUAAGGCCACUCUCAUUGACGAGCCUACUUACAAUGAAAAAGGCUUAGACUCCACUGAACACAAAGGAGGAAUUGGAUUGGACCCCUCCUCAUGCCAAGUAGAUUUACUGAGAUACCCCCAUCUCACAUGUUUAGUCGAGAACAAUUCUCCAUAUAGUCUCACCCAGUUACGAUGUUCUCAAACUUCAAAAAUGAAAGUUAAGAAAAAAGACCAAAGAUUCCUCCUAUUAGAGCUUUGACACCUCAUUUUAUCUUAUAUAGUUUCCUUUCCUGUAAAAGCAUCCAGGUGCAGUAAUGUUAGCUUUGAAGAAGUAUCAGGCAAGAGCAUCAUGAUUUAUGGAUUAAUCGGGUUCUUUUCUCUUAGCAGAACGCGUAGAGAAUAGAAGAAAAGAAAAGGCAACAGCGAUUUUUGGAUGUAUGAUUGCUGUCAGGAUGGAGAUUCUUUUCAGUAUUAUUGUAGAGCCGUUUUUGCAAUGACCACAGGCAAAGAAUAAAAGCAUGGAAGAGAGGGCUCAUCUGUCUUUAAGGUUUUCUCUUUUUUCUCCCUUCAUGUGGGAAUAUUCAGUGUGCUUGGUAAAAAACUUCACGAUGAGGAUUCUCUCUUAUCAAAAUCUUGAGUCAACAAACUAAGUGGCAAAUCGACGACGUUUGCCAUCUCAGCAUGCUCCGUCAUCUCCCCAUGAGGGUGUGGGGAGGAGAUGAGCUGGGCAGGGGACUGGAUGUGUGGAGCGUGCCAGCACAUUAACUUCAAGAAGCGGGAAGCAUGCCAACGAUGUGGGUUUUCCAAGUACGGUGGGCAGGUCGAGGCCUCAGCAUAUGGAUACAACAGCAACACCAAUAGAACAGAAGUACUGGCAGGGGACUGGUAUUGUCAAGCCAUGAACUGUGGGGCGCACAACUAUGCUAGCAGGACGAGCUGCUUCAGGUGUGGUGCUCAAAAACCUGAGUCUGCUCUUGGAUGCUGUGGAGCUACCAAUGUAAUAUCCUCCAGUGGAGGAUAUGGUUCUGAGACUGAGGCUAACCUUCCUGGAUGGAAAACUGGUGACUGGAUCUGCACCAGACCAGGAUGUGCUGUGCACAAUUAUGCCUGCAGGAUGGAGUGUUUCAAGUGCAAGACGCCACGGGAUCUUGGAGGAAUGUAUUAAGAGCAGAAGUGUUGAGAACCUGCUAUUUUUUCCCCUUCUUCUUUCUCUAUAUUAUUAUCAUGAGAAGUAUUUAAACUAUCUAGAACAAACUAGGAGAAGUUUACACUCUCUGUCAGGUGACAAGAAUUUUCUCAUGAAGCUCAAUAUAGAGUUUAUGGGAAAUUUUUGCAUAGCUACAUAUGUGUAGCGUGUUUUUGAAGUGUUUUCAGACAUGUGACAUGUGUAUGUUCCAAACUUUUUUGAAGUGUGCUAUGGCAAUGUUACUGUAUUCGAGUA